AUGGAUCCUGCCCAGUCGGGGGAUGCACAGCCUACUAGCACAAACACCGCAGGAACGCUUGAAGAUUCGUCCAACACCGCAAAACGUCGAUGGAGGAGAAAUCGGAUCGCCUGCGACUCAUGCCAUUCGCGCCGUGUGCGAUGCGACCGGGCAUUUCCCUGUUCGCGCUGCCUUCGCAGUGAGAUCCGUUGCGAAUUUACGCGCGAACGACGGAAACGAGGGCGGAUUGCACGGUCAAAACAGACGGCAGCAGUCACAAACGGCGGAUCGAUGGAGAAGCUGUCCAAGGCUCCUAAUGUGCAGCCUCCGGUGCCAGCGCCGGUGCCAGCAGAUGCGGCGCCAACACCAGUGCCGAACCAUGCCUCGCCGACCACGACCUUCCAGCACCGCUCGCCGGCGACGAACGAGAUGACCGUUUCCGCGCACAGUAUAGACGACCGACGCUCCCAAGCAGAUCCGUCCUUACCGGCGCGCAGACCGGGACCGACGGGGAAUGUGACGGAGGAGUGGCUGUCCGCGGCCCAUGUGUCUCCAGAUUCAUAUGAAGUGCUGGGGGGAGGGGCCUGGGGGGACGGUCCGCUGCCACGGGUGCUGGACAUCUGGAACGGCGCGGACCUGGCCGGGUACAGUGCUCCGACUGUUCAGGGCACCAAGCCUGCCGGUGCGGCUCGGGCGCCCAGUAUUUCCUCUACAACCUUGAAGUAUCCCGUAUUACAGCCACUCAUGCCGUUUCUCGAGGCGAAUCUACCGCGGAGGCUCGUUUUUGACCUUCUCGAGCUGUACUUUACGAGCGCCUUUUCUACGCAUAUGCACCCCGUGUGCCAUCACAUCCAUUGUUAUGUCCUUCGCAAGGCCUCAUUCCUGAGCAGGGAAAACCCCCGGCCGAGUAGCCCCGCUCUGCUGGCAAGCAUGCUCUGGGUUGCCGCCUUGGACGAUCGGGCGUUUGCGCUCUCCAUUUCCCCGCCUCAGCGCAAGAAGAUUUGUCAAUUCUUGUGCGCUUUGACCAUUCGAUUACUCCGACCUUUGAUCCACGUGUCAUUUAAGGAGCAAGGGGGUUCGAACGGGAAUGAUCCGACAUUUAGUGGGGUUGCUCCGGACUGUCCUCCCACCACUGUGCACCAUCCGUUUGAAUCGAGUGGCGAUGAUCGCGGUCUAGUCGGGCCUGCGGGGUCCUUGGAUGAUGUGAUUACCUAUAUCCAUGUUGCAUCCAUAAUUUCUUCUAGCGAACAAAAGGCCGCCAGCAUGCGAUGGUGGCAUGCUGCUUUUACCCUUGCUAGAGAAUUGAAACUCAACCAAGAAAUCGAAGUGAUACCCAACGCAGAUGGCCAGACCGAAGGCUCGAGUCCAGCAUUUGACUACUCCCUGCCUGGCUGGAGUGGCGUCGAUACCGGCGCAUUCUUCGAUUACUCGAAUCCCACGCGACCCAGUUUGAACUGCGUUUGUGACCGUAGCCAUGAUCCCCACGCCACUAUCACCGAAGAGCACCGGGAAGAACGUCGCCGGACCUGGUGGUUGCUAUACAUUAUGGACCGCCACCUGGCACUGUGCUACAAUCGCCCGCUGGCAUUGCUGGAUGCCGAAAGUGAAGACCUGCUGCUACCGCUGGACGAGGGCUCGUGGCAGGCCGGCAACGUGCACAGCAACAGCCCCAAGCCGGAGGGACCGCAUUGCUCCAUCUCGGGAGACAAGAACAAGCGCCGGGUUUUCCCUGACUUUAUCUGCCAUGAUCAUUCGAUCUUUGGCUUCUUUCUACCGCUGAUGACCAUCACGGGCGAACUGAUCGAUCUUAACCAGGCACGAAAUCAUCCCAUGCUUGGAUCCCGACUAAAUGGGAAGGACGGCUGGGACGCCCACCUCAGCGAGGUGCUGCGGCAGCUCGAGAUCUACAAGGCGAGUCUGACCACUUUUGCAGCGACCACAGCGGUCCCUGAAGCGCCGCUCUCCACUACCUUUCCUCCAUCCACCCCCGAUCAUCCUGUUGAACCUUCUCUUUCUCAAGCGUUCUCAUGGCAUACUCAGACCGUCAUCGCGUACGCAUCAUAUCUGGUGCAUGUAUUGCACAUUCUCCUUGUCGGCAAGUGGGAUCCCGUCUCGCUCAUUGAGGACAAGGACUUCUGGACCUCGUCCCCUGCCUUUGCCACUACCAUCUCGCAUGCGUUGGAUGCGGCCGACUCGGUCAACCAGAUUCUCCGCUAUGACCCAGACAUCAGCUUCAUGCCCUAUUUCUUUGGCAUUCAGCUCUUGCAAGGCAGUUUUCUCCUCCUGCUGAUUGUGGAGCGACUGCAAAAAGAAGCAGGAGAGGGCAUCCUCAACGCGUGCGAGGUGAUGAUCCGCGCGACGGAAUCCUGCGUCGUCACCCUGAACACAGAAUACCAGCGGAAUUUCCGCCAAGUCAUGCGGAGUGCGGUUGCACAGGCGCGGGGACGUCCCGUCAAUCACAGCGAGAUCAGGCACCGGCGCAAGGCCGUUCUGGCACUGUAUCGGUGGACGAGAAAAGGUACCGGGCUGGCACUCUAA